ACGAGCAGCCCAGAUGCAACGAUCACUUGGCAAAAUGGCAAUUAGGAUCUGAUUGCUGCGAAGAAUAACUCAGAGAAAGUGAGUAGGAGAGGAGACCUGAAGGGUCACAGAACAGUAGCCAGAUGGAAAAUUGAAAGUGUCAACUCAUGCGUGCAAAGAGCCCAAAAAGAAAAAAGAAAACCUCCUAAGUUGCUCGAGUCAAAGAUUUCACUCAUGAAAAUGCUUACCUCAAUCUCUCCGAACAUUCCACGUAUGGAUAGAACUGAUCCAAACCAGUAACGCCCGCGCAUCAUUCUCACCUCCACAUCACGCUCUUGGCCUCGAAAAUGGUUCCCGAAAACCGUCGCUCACCUCCACGUAACAUCACCUUCCAAAUGAACCCAAGAAAAUCUGUAGAAAUUCAUAAAGGAAACCCGAGUAUACUAAUCGCCUGGAACAGAAAACCUAUACUAAAACUAAAUACAAAAGCAAUCUCCCAUAAUGCCUCUCCAACGCCCCAAUUUAUUGAGACUAUUGAACUGCUUCUCUGCUACUAGUACUCUGUUAAUCUUACUACCCUUUCUUCUUCCAUGUAUUUUCUUUGGCUUCGUUUUCAUUAUAUUUCUUUUCGUUUUAAUUUUACCAUUCUUCUGUAGUUUUAUAUCCUCUUGCCUCAUCUUUAAGGUUGUAUCUCUAGAAAUGAAGUAUAUCCCAUUUUUUGGGACGAAAUUUGGAACCACUAGGUCCAGGACUGUUGGAGGAGACUCAAAGUAUUAUAUGAUUGCUGAUCAUGAAAUGGUCGAUGAUCUGGGCCUCAAAGAUAAGGAAGGUAGCUUUAUGGUAGACGCUAGUUUGGAGCUUCCAUCUUUCGAUGAAUCUGAAGAGGAGAAACACAAAAAACAAGAAGAUGAUCCAGAGGUGGAUGGAAGAGAGAAGCUGUGCACGUAUCAGGAGUACUCUUGGCAAAUUCUGGUACCAAAAUCUUGUACCAGAAAGGAAGAACACAAGACGUUUUUUGAACUCCUGUCCUUUUGGAGAAAGAAAGAGAAAGGAGAGAUAUAGAAGAUAUUUGGAUUAAAUUUGGUAAAUCUCAGCUCUCAGGAAUCGACAGAAGAUAUUUGGAUUAAAUUGGGUAAA